AUGCCGCUGCCGACACCGUUCCUCAAGAAGGUUCUCGGAGUGGUAAGUUCGCGCUCCUCGCCUGCUUCUCGCCGCCUCCUCUCCCGUCCUCCGCCUUCGAGGUUCCGACACGCCCGUGUCAGUCCCGUAGCUACCGUCGUGGGCGGCGCUGCUGCUGUGACGGGCGUCGCGGCUUACCUCCUCCAACCGUCCACCGCUUCCAAAGAUCAUAAAAAUGCUACGAUUUUCGUGCCACAGAUCAAACCUCUAAAGAGGAAUGGCGACGCCGCCGCCGACAACAGCAACAGCAACAUCGUACAGCUCCAAAGCCCGGUCAAAGCGCUCGACGUCGCCGAUGCAAAUGAGGUCCUGCGGCGAGAGGAGCGCUCCAAGCUCUUCGACGCCGGCAACGGCCAAGUCGGGCGCUGCGAUCUCGUCCGCGUGCCCAGCAACAGCCCCGUCGAGGACGAAUUCGUCACGGGCACGCAAGCAGGACCCGGGGGGAACCCCUGGACCUUCUGGGGCGUCUUUGAUGGCCAUGCCGGCUGGGCCACCUCCGUUCUCUUGCGCGAGGCCCUCGUCCCCAUGGUAUCAGACCACCUAGAGCGCCUCCCCGCCCACGCCACCUCGCCGCAGAUAUCAACCGGCAUCAGCCAGGCCUUCCUCGCCGUCGACGAUGCCAUCAACCGCUCGGCGCUCGCCGCCAUGAACGACCCGGAAGCCCACCCGGGCUCCGCGCAGGUCGUGUCCGCCAUCGCGCCCGCCAUCGCCGGCUCGUGCGCCCUGCUCGCGGCCUACGACCCAGUCUCGACGACGCUCCGGGUCGCCUGCACCGGCGACUCGCGCGCGGUGCUGGGCCGCGCCAUCAACCACGACGGCUCCGCGUCCUGCAAGCCGAGGGACAAGUACGCGGCCGUCGCCCUCUCGCGCGACCAGACGGGCAAGAACGACGACGAGUACGCGCGCCUCGUGGCGGCGCACCCGGGCGAGGCCGAGACCAUGAUCAACCGCGAGAGCGGCCGCCUGCUCGGCCUGGCCGUGACGCGCGCCUUUGGCGACCACCGCUGGAAGUGGCGCGAGGGCGACAUCACCGAGGCCCAGCAGAAGUACUGGUCGUCCGCCCCACGGCCCAACUCAAAGUCACCCCCCUACCUGACCGCCGAGCCCGUCGUCGAGGAGACGCGCAUCCAGGUCGGCACCAAGAGACCGACGUCGCCAGCACCAACACCAGCAGCACCGGCAAGCAACCCGCAAGGCGGAGAACCGCAACAACAGGAGGACCACCACCGGCGCGGCGACUUCCUCAUCCUCGCCAGCGACGGCUUCUGGGACCACAUCUCCAACGAGGACGCCGUCGAGUGCGUCGCGCGCUGGCUCGACGCCAAGCGGGCCGACGCCCUGCGCGGCACGCCCGCCGACGCGCUGAAGAAGAUGAAGAAGAUGAACCCGCGGCACGCCGACGACGCCGACGACGACGAGCACUGGUGGCUCGACGAGGGCCGCUACGUCGAGUGGCGCGCCACGCCCGAGUUCUUCGUCGCCGAGGACGACAACGCCGCCACGCACCUCGUCCGCAACGCCUUCGGCGGCGCCCGCCGCAGCCUCUUCUGCGGCGUCGUCACCGCCUAUCCGCCCAUCAGCCGCAACGUCAGGGACGACACCACCGUGCAGGUCGUCUUCUUCGGGGACGUGUGA